CGCCCCGAACCCGCCCGGCAGCUACAGAGGAGGAGGAGGAGGGUGUGCGCGGCGCUGAGAUCCAGAGCCUGUCGGGCCCUCCCUCCCCGCGCAGCCUGACUCACUUCCCUUACGGUGCCCAGCCCAGUGCGCCCGGAAUAGCAGGUAAUACCAUGGAUGAAUAUAAAGGCAUGACAGACAAGGAACUUAUCGCACGAUUGAAAAAAUACAGCAUCCCCCAUGGGCCAGUUGUUGGAUCUACCCGGAAACUUUAUGAAAAGAAAAUCUAUGAAUAUGAGACUGAGCGGACUCAAUAUCCUUCGCCUGGAGGAUCUGUGUCCCACACAGAGCCAGCCACCAGCCAAAGCUACGUAAAAGAGACCUUUGUGAGUCCACGGAAAAGGGAAGACUUCAGUUAUGGACGAGAAGCUCUUGGCUCCACAAGAACUUACUUCAAAGAAUAUGUCCCAACAAGACAGGAAUACUAUUCUGAGUACAGAGAUGAAGAUCCCAGUCCCACGAAGUCGAAUCUGAGUUAUAAUUACAGUUUGCCCCACUAUGAAGAGCAUUCUUCAUAUACAUCAGAAGAUAGGGAUGUGAACACUUCUGAGCCCUCCAGAUCUUCCUAUCGGAGUUACUCAUCUUUAUUAAGCCAUACUACAUCUCCGGGGACGGUGAGCGCCCGCCAACCAAUUGCAGAGCCAUAUCCCUACUCUUCCAGUGAGAAGGAUACGUCAGCUGAGAAGUACCGGUGCAGCCCCGCCGUGCCAUACAUCCAGAACGCCAGGCCCAGGUGGCGGAGAAGGCUGUGGGGAGCAGUGGAGAAACCAAGCGAUACCUCCCCCUCUGGCUCCAGCUCCUGGUGUUUGGGCUGCUGGCUGCCUUCCUGGCCUUCAUCUACUUCUUACAGGGAGGGGCUGAUGAUAACCCCUUUGUCAAGUACAUUAGUCAGUAAAGUCUUGGCUUUUAUUACUAAGAUGGCUCCCCAAGAGCCUAGGCCAGUCUUAGCUGACCUGGUUCCCUUCAGAUUGGUUGGGGCUGUAAUUUCCAGAAAUCACAGCCCAUUGGCUGACAUGCUGUGAUUUGCAGUCCUAACCCAGCCAGAAGGCACCAAAAUGGCCAGGUGUGGCCUAGAAUUUUGUGUGGGUUUUUUUUUGGGGGGGGGGGGAAUGCUUUUUUGACAGUAAGUGCCUUCUUGUCAGUUAAUAGAAAAAAAAGGAAGUGGUAUAUUGAGGGCCAGGGAUGGAAAGGUUUCUACCAACUUUCCAGAGAUAAAGCUGCUCUCCAUACUUGGGGGCAUCCCCUUCCUGAAACCAGCUAACAUGGGGCAUUUUUAUCUGCUGAUUUUAUAAGCUCGUCUUUAUAUCAAGAGAAUGGGUGGCUUCUUAUGAGGGGGUGGGCGGGCAUGGAGGGAAGAAAUGUAGCCUUUCAACUACUUUGUUUUAAAUAUACAAAUGUAUGGAAUAUCUAAAUAAACCUUCCCAUUUUUUAA